CAUGAACGGCGACAGCCUUGUGAGUGUCGAAGGCGCCGACCACGCGUCGAUGCGCAAAGCACUCAACCCGCACUUUAACCUCGCGCACCUCAAGCUCUUUGUGCCCGUUUUUGUGGCCCACGCCAACGCGAUGCUCGCGCACUUUGCGCGCGCGAUCGACACCAACACGGCGCUCGACUUGCACCGAGUGUGGUCGCUUCUGACGCUCGACAUUAUGGGCAUCUGCAUGUUUGGCUACGAUUUUGGCGCACUCGCAGGCACCAACGCCGCGAACAACCAGGCGUAUGUCGACGCGCAGUUCCCGCCGUCGAUUGUCGCAAUGGUGGGUACAGUGCUCGUGCCCGGGUGGUUCACCUGCCGCUGCCCGGCUAAAAUGGCCCAAGCGAUCGAUGUUCAUGCGAGCCACGACCGCCCGCCUCAGGACCUCCUCGAUCUCAUGCUCCUCUCGGACCGCAACAUGACGUCGGCCGAGGCCCGGGUGCAUGUGCAGGUUUUUAUGCAGGCUGGCCACGAGACAACGAGCCACGCGCUGUCGUGGGCGAUUGCGAUGCUCUUGCGCUACCCCGACGUCGCGGCCAAGGUACAAGCCGAAUGCGAUGCCACGAGCGCUCGCUUCGGCAACGAGCUUUCGCACGAUGCCGUCGGCGACUUGGUCUACGUGACGGCCUUUCUCAAAGAGACAGCGCGCUGCUACCCGGCCAUCACGAUGCUCGCACCACGGUCCGUGACCGUCGACGACGUCAUCCCGCUCGCUGACGGCUCGAGUGUUGCGAUUCCCAAGGUAUAUUGUGUUUCAGACUUGUGUGGACAUGGUAUUGUCUGUUAGGGCACAUCGAUCUACGUGGAUCUCGUGGCCAUGCAUCGCAACCCGACGUACUGGACGCGGCCCAACGACUUUUGCCCGGAACGAUUUAUAGAAGGUAGCGCG